AACUCGUGGAUCCUACAUCCACCACUGAAUAUAGAUCCUAAGCCGGCCGCCGGCAUUUCGUGGCGAAGCAUCAACUAAAAAUAGUUUGAGGGGUAAUUCGUAAAUUGCAGAUAGUUAAGGGGCGAAUUUGGAAAUAAAAGAAGAGCCCACCGAGUCGUUCCCAUUUCCCCGGACCCAUCAAACCCUGUCUUCUUCUCCUCAGGGCCCGACCGACGUCUCGCCUUGUUCUUCACCUCCAAAAUCUCCAAUCACCAGAUUUAGCCUCAAAGAUUCGAAAUUUGCAUCAUGCCCCACGAACCCAUCUAAAAAUUUUGCAUCUUGUCGGUAGAGAAAUUUCGAUCCGAGAGCACUGUUGAAGAGAGAAGGGAAGGGAAAACAGGCAUUGGCUUUGUCCAUAAAGAUGGUUUCCGGGCUUAUAAAUGCGAACCCGGUUGUGUAUGAGAAAAAGGAGCGAAGGGUUCGGAGUGCGCCCGCUAAUGUCGAUGAGUAUGCGGUGGAACCGAUCGAUCAGCUAGAGAUAUUUGACCAUCUCAGAGAUAUAAAGGAUCCAGAGCAUCCAUACUCAUUAGAAGAGCUCAAAGUCAUAUCUGAAGAUGCAAUCGAAGUAGAUGAUUCAAAUAGCUACGUCAGGAUCACUUUUACUCCCACAGUGGAGCAUUGUAGCAUGGCGACAAUAAUAGGCUUGUGCUUGAGGGUAAAACUUAUGAGGAGCUUGCCUUCUCGAUACAAGGUGGAUAUAAGGAUAGCACCAGGAAGUCAUGCAACUGAAGCUGCAGUGAAUAAACAGCUAAACGACAAAGAGAGGGUCGCAGCAGCUCUGGAGAACCCAAACCUUGUGGAAAUGGUUGACGAAUGUCUCGCCCCCACGUAUGGCUUUUCCAAUUAAACUCUUAUGCCGAAUUUAAUGUAGCUUGGUAGCUCUACAAAGCCUCUUCCCUCCCGCUCUCACAGUCAUAGUUUUAAUCCUCUUUGGGCACAAAUCUCCCAUGCAAUUUCAGUGACAUAGCUGCACAUAAGUUUGAAAGAGUAGCGUUAUUUGUGUUUGUGAGUUUAGCUGAAUUUCGGCCAUUUCUUUUGAGUUUCCUACAGUCAAUUGAGUUUUGAUUUCAUAUGCAUGCAGUGCACAGGAGUAAAGAUGUUUGUACCGAGUUAUUUAUAAAUGGAUUACGUGAAUUUCGUUUAAAUAUA